CAUUGAGCGCCCUGUCAGGUGGUAGUGGUAAAGAUCUUGCCUCGCGAGCUUCCCUAGAGAGAGCACAGUUUCCUUCCUUCCCCCCUUCACUUUCCCUACUCCCCUGCGACCGUGCGUCAUGGUGGCGGUAGUGUGAAUGUCAGGUGUGGUGUCAAGUGUUUCCUACAGUCAGCGGGCCGUCACUCCUGCCCUCCUGCUCAUCGCCACAGCUUAACAUCACAGUCAUUGCCAUCGCCUCUGCCACGUCCUAUUGAUUAAUGCUGCAACUCACGGCCUGACAUCACUGCUAUCAAGUGUGUGCUGCGCGGCUCAACAAGUGUGUGGCCAGGACCUCUUGUGACGCUCCCCGCCACGCGUAGCCUCCACGUGAGCUUCGCAGCAGCCAGCCGUCAGGCACCCGGGCGCCGGAUUAACACGUUUUAUUCGACCCACCCCUAUCAAGGCAGUGCUGAGUUAUCUCCUGAUAAAGCUCACUCUGACGCCUGCUGCUUCCCCAGUGCACUGCCAGCGCAAGGACGUGGCUGCCUGUUCCCUGUCACAGCCUCUCGCCGCUUCCCCGCAGCAGCGCUGCUUCUGUGUCGUCCUCACGCCACUUUCUCCUUUGACACGCCUGUGCCAUCCCGAGGCCUACUGCUCAUCGGCGGCCCCUCAAAAGGAGGGUCUAGUCCCGGAAGAUACAGUGUGAGACGCUUUUCAGGGACGUUAGAGUCUCGAGACGACGACGACGAGUCAGACGACGACAUGAAGAAAGCCUUCCAGCUGAUGGUGAAGACCGGAGACCAGGAGGGUGCCGGCACGGACGCCAACGUGUGGGUGGUGCUGGAGGAUGAGAAGGGGCGCGCCACGCCACGCUUCAAGCUGGACAAGAUUCUGUACAAUGACCUGGAACGCUCCAAGCGGGACACUUACAAAGUGGACUGUCCCGAAGACUUCGGCCGCGUGGCGCGCAUCAGGCUCUCCAGAGACAGUCAGGGCAUCGCUGACGACUGGUUCUGUGACUACAUCCACAUAGAGGAUCGGCGCAACAACAACAAGCGAAAGAUCUCCAAGGAUCACGCUGCCAAAACUGUCAGGAACUUUCUGGGCUCAGCCUACGUAAAGGAGAACGCCGCGGAGGAAAAGACAGUGUACUUCUUCCCCAUCCACCGGUGGGUCGCGGCCAGGAACGACUACCUCUUCGACGAGUACGGGGUGUGCCUGCCCCAGCACGACAUCAGCCUGGAAGCGAGGAAGCACGACCUACAGAAGAAGAGGGAAUCCUACAAGUACAUCGUGCACGCCCCCGGCAUGGUGGCCCAGAUCGAGAACCUGCCAAGUGAUGAGAAAUUCUCCGAGGAAUAUUACUGGACCUUCGCUAGCGAGAAGGUCAGUCUUCUGGCCCAGACCAAGUUCAUCGAGUGGACCACUACCAAGUGGAACACACUGGAAAACCUGAAGAGCGUGUUCAAGAAGAGCCUUGGCGAGCCAGAGUGCAUUGAUGUGUGGAAGGAGGACUGGUGGUUCGGGCUGCAGCGCCUUCAAGGGGUCAACCCACAAGUCAUCGCAUUGUGCACGGCCAUUCCAGAGAACUUUGAUGUGACAGAGGAGACAGUGAAGGGCCUGCUGGAUGACCUAACUCUGGAGGAGGCACUCAAGAAGAAGAAGCUUUUCAUUUGUGACCUGGAAAUCACUGACAACCUGGACUGUAAGGAUAACCGAGAGUUGGCCUCCCCUCUGGCACUAUUCUAUCUCAACAAGGAGAACAAAUUGAUGCCAGUCGCCAUUCAGCUGAAGCAAAAGAAAGGGCCUGACAACCCGGUGUACACCCCCAAUGAUUCUCCCAACACCUGGCUGGUGGCCAAGAUGUUCUACAACAAUGCAGAGGCUCAGCACCACCAGGCCCUCACUCACCUGGGCUACACACACCUGCUCAUGGAGGGAGUGGUCAUCUGCACACACCGCAACCUGUCCCCCUCCCACCCACUCUUCAAGCUGAUGGCACCACACUUCCUCUUCCUGCUAGCCAUCAACACUCGAGGCCUGGAGAAGCUGGUGGCUCCUGGAGGAUGGGUGGACAUCUGCAUGACUCAGGGUGUGCAGGGAAUCUUUGAGCUCAUGAAGAGAGGCUUUGAUCGCUGGAGGUUUGACCGUGAGGGACAAGUAGAGAAAGAGCUUGAGUCCCGGGGUGUGCUAGACCCAGAGGUUCUGCCCUACUAUCCCUACAGAGACGAUGCCAUUCCCCUCUUCAAUGUCAUCAAGAAAUAUGUCAGAACUGUUGUCACCCAUCACUAUGACACACCAGAGAAGCUGGCUGGGGACUGGGAGCUCAGAUGGUGGAGGGAGGAGCUGGUCAAGCCCCGGGACAACAAUGGUGUUGGACUGAGGAACAUUCCCGGCAAUGAGGAGAAAGGCUUCACCAGUGUGGAUGAAGUGGUUGAUGUCGUGACAGUGAUCAUUGCCACUUGCUCCCUGGGUCAUGCUGCGGCAAACUUCCAGCAGUAUGAACAGUAUGGAUUUGUGCCCAACUACCCCGGCAUCCUCAUGGGCCCUGUGCCUUGUGAAAAGAAAAUCUACUCUGAGAAGGACAUCAUGGCUCUGCUGCCUGACAAGAGGAUGACUCUAGACAUCAUGGUCAUCACAAAGCUGCUGUCUAGCCGUGGCACCAACAGCCUCGGUAACUUUGAGAUGCAGUACUUGUAUGACCCUGUGGGUGUCAAGGCGGCUGAAGAAUUCAAGAAAGAUUUGAAGAAAUUGAGCCUGGACAUGCAAAAAUCCAACAUUGACCGCCAGUGGAAGUUUGAAUGGCUGGACCCAACUAUUGUGCCCAACUCAAUCAGCGUGUAAUAGUUGAAAGAGGCAUGGAGGCAGUUCUGGAGUGGUGCCUAGCCUUUCAUGUAAAAGGAAGAGAAAACUUAAAGUGCUUCCUGUGCAGCAGAUAUGCUGCACUGCAUCACUGUACCUAGAGUUGUGUGAAAAAUGUAUAGUAAAGUAGUAUUUAAUUUUCAUACUGUAUCUUUAUGGUACACACACACACAUACACACACACACUCACAAAUGAAGACUCACAGACACACACUCAUGAUGCUCCAUGUACAAACUAUCUCACGCACUACCUCAAAUAUAUUGUGCGUAAAACUUCCAUCUUCAAACAGACUAUUAGCUUUGAUUUAAGCUCAACUUGCUGUAGACUCGUGCACUGAUUUACAAUUGAUUUAUGGCAUGUGGUUUCUUUCUCAUGUGCCAGUGCCAGUCACUUGAGGCAUUGAGUGGAGAUAAUGUAGUGGGGUUCUUGACAAGUAAUCACUGAGCUGCAUAAUAAUCCACACAAUUCUUUCCUGAUAAGUGUGCUGUGCUGGUGUGAUAGGUUAUCUUUUGGUGAUUAUUCUGUGAUUUUAUCCCUUACUGCUGUAUCCCUUACUGCUGUUGCUAUUGCUGCUGCUACUGUAGUUUUAGUUGUACAUAUUGUGUAUAUACUAUGGACUAUUUUGAUUAUGUCAUUGAUUUUCUAGUAUAUGUAUUUUAAUUUUCUAUAAUCUGUGGAUCAAAACCACAAACUGAGAAGAGCAUCAUCAAUCAGAAAUAUAAUACAAAGCUUGAAUUAGAAUUUUCAUUUCACUUAUUGACAAAAGGCAAAUAACAUAUUUUAACUUAGAAUAUGCCAUGGAUAUUGGUUAAUUUGAUGUUUCCAGUUUUCAUAAUUUAGUAGGUAAGAAACUCUACUUAGAAGGAUUGUAAGAAACUUAUGAUUUUAUAUAUUUAACACCUCAGUUUCAGAGGGUCUGUCUGUCUUUUCACUGGGCUGGCAUCCCUCUAAUGAUGGAUAGAUGAGGCAGGCAUCAUCUAACCAUUAAAAAAAAAUCAAUAUGCAGAAGUCACACAUAAUUAGAGAAAAUAAUGAUUUUCAGAUGUGAGCUCCACACAUGUACUGUUUUCUUACACUAGACACUACCAACACUCAGGAAGAACAGUUUUCCAGAACAAGGCAGAACACAUUAAAAGUUUCAUCUUAAUGAAAACCAAAAGUGAUAACUCAGAAAAUACAAAAACAAAAAUCAUACAAUUAUUACUCAUACGUUCACAUAGAGCAUACACUCACACAUCUCACUUCACCUUAUUUUAUGUACAUAAUGCAUGUUUUUCAUGACAUGAAUGUGAAAACUAAAUCUGAGUGGAUCAGAGUGAGGUCAAGAAGCAGACAGAGUGGUGGAUGUGCCACUGUACCACAUCUGUAAAGGAAACAAAACAUUGUAAUCUCAUUCCUUCAUACUCCGAGGCUCAAUCAUUGCAUGCUACGUAUCUUGCACAUUCACUUUGUAUUAUCAUGUUUACUGUAGACUGUCACCAAAUCAGUCUUCUAUACAACUUAUGCUGAAUACCAUAUCAUAUGGUAUUACCAUUACUAUAACAGAGCUUCUAUUGCUGUGGUUGGAUUUAGUACCUUGUAUGUAUGGAUAUUAUAUAUAUAUAUAUAUAUAUAUAUAUAUAUAUAUAUAUAUAUAUAUAUAUAUAUAUAUAUAUAUAUAUAUAUAUAUAUAUAUAUAUAUAUAUAUAUAUAUAUAUUAAUUAUGUUUCUGGUGCAUCUUCAUGAUUAAUGACUGUCAAACAAGACAGAGGAUGUGUUUCUGUGGUGGAUCUCGUGUUGACAAGGAACUGUUGUGUCCGAGUGUGGGAUCAUUGAAUGCUCAACUUGUGAUAUCUCUUGGUAUGUUCUUAAAAAAAAAAGCUCAAUGAAUCCUUAUUGAUUACUCUUGUAGUGAUGUUGCUUUUACAGCUCUUGAUUAAUGAUGUCUCACAUAUGACAGAU